AUGACUGCCCACAGCAUCCAUAAUUACAAUGGCGACAAUGCUGCAUGCAACGACCGCGCCAGUCAACAACUACAAGAGCAGCAGCAGCAGCCUCCCGCCUACACCCCUUCUCAUACUGGUCUCACACCCGGCUCGACCUUUGAUGCCAACAUGAAUGCCCCUGACUACAACACUCCAGCUGGACCUGCUCCUCGAAAGCCCAGCUCCUUUGGCCAGAAGUUCCACUCCAUCACCACCAAGGCCGGCUGGCCGUUGAACAAGGCUGCCAAUGUCAUUGGCGCCGAGGGCUGGUGGCCUACCAGCGUGCAGAAGGAGUGCGGCAAGGCUGCCCGUAUUCUUCACUCUUUUACCAGUAUGUCGUCUACUUUUGCUGCAAACUCUACCACGGGCAACCUCCUAAUUCCCCAAUCUGCAGGCCUCGGCGCUCCUCCGCCCCCCAAGGCAGACGGGCCUAUGCACCCUACCGGCAUCACCAAGAAGUCCAUGGUCAAGAUUCCCGACGCCGUCUUGAGAACAUGUGCCGGUCUCGCCAUCUUCAACGUGAUCCGUGCCGGCGCUUUCCACGGCUCUCUUGCCGCCGGCUCCGGUGUUGUCGUCGCCCGGCGCCCAGACGGCACCUGGUCGCCCCCUUCAUCCUUUGUCGUUUCCACUGUCGGUGCUGGCUUCAUGCUCGGCCUCGACAUUUACGACUGCGUUUGUGUCCUCAACACCCCAGCCCAGGUCAAUGCCUUUACCAACCCGCGCGUAUCCCUUGGUGGUGAUGCCUCCAUCGCCAUAGGCCCCAUCGGCACCGGUGCCAGUGUCGACGCCGCCCUCUCCAAGACGGUCCGGCCCAUGUGGAGCUACAUGAAGAGCCGUGGUCUCUGGGCCGGCGUCCAGAUCGACGGCACCAUCAUUGUCAGCCGCGCCGACGCCAACUCCGUCUUCUACAAUGAGCGCGGCAUCUCGGCCAAGAAGAUCCUUUGCGGUGACGUUGCGUGGCCCAUGGGUGCAAAGCCCCUCUUUGAAGUUCUCAGGGCAAUCGAGGGCCGCCCCGACUUUGACCACACUGUUGUCCGGGAAGUAGGCCGCAAGCCUUCUCCUGGCGACACUGUUCUCGACGAGAGGAGUGAGCCUGCUGCUGUCGAGUACGACCACCAUCAACAGCAGCCGGAGCCCGCUCGUGACGAGUCUGUCCUGGAUGAGAAGGAGAGACUUAGGAGAGCUGGCUACUAA